UGUCAUUCUCUGACACACCAAAUUGUUACAUAAAAACAUUGAACAGCAAGGAAUUAAGUUUCGGUUUCUAUUUAGGCGAAUUUGUCAGCUUCGAGUGGAGAAAACAAAACUUAAAUUACUUUUUAAGUAUUUCAGACAACACCGUUGCAGUUGCUGUCUGUAAGUAACAGCUAUCUGUAAACAUGUCUACUGUAGACAGAUUAAACGACACUGAGUAUAUUAACUGGCUCAAAUUAGGGGUCUGUCUAAUGGAGAUUAGACCUCUAUUAUCAGCUCUGAUUGAAACUAGACUAGAAGACUUCCACCUAAAACUGAAAGAAAAACGGAAUGAUAAGAGAUGUUCUUCGAGAUGUUCUGUUGCAAAGGAUCAGAAGCUUACACAUCUAUGUGAGAUAUGCAGAGAGUGGUCUACAGUGAUCAAAAGUUACCACAAAAAGCCAAAGAGCUACAUCUAUUGGAAUAACUGUAAGCCUUUCCGCUGGUGUGAUGAUGCCUUGGAGGUUGCCAAGGCAUACAUGCCCAGUCGGCAGGAAGAUAAUAACCAAAUGUCAGAUUUUGAUAUCGCUGCACUUCUGGUUCUGAUGAAGCAGUGUACACAUUUUGAAAAAUUAGUUCCUGAAUCAGUCCUUGACAAGAUUCAGGACAUAAGAAACACACUAAUGCAUUCACCAGACAUGAAGAUUUCCUCCACAGACGCUGAAGGUUUCUUCAAAGAUAUAUUUAUGUUUUUUGAAGCAAUGAAGAGUACAGACCCUCUACUAGAAGAGACAGUGUGUGAAGUGGAAAACAAAACCCAUAAGAUUUGCAGAUCUCCUCUUAAUAUCAGUCUUCGGGAAGAUCUUAAAAACAGAGAGAUCGCUGUCUUUAAGGAAAACAUACUAGCUCUUCACACAGGGGCUGACAAAGACUCUUUUCAGAAAGUCAAUCUCAUCCUGCUGAGACGUCAAGAGUGGUGCAUCCAGAAUGGCAAUCCCCAGGGGUUAGCUGAACUUUUAAACAAAGUUCGUGAUGAGCUAAAAAAGGACUUUACAGAAAUUAAACAGAAAGUGGACUGCAUAGACCAUAAACUUCAGAACAUAGAUGAAAGGGUUGCACAGCUGGAAGAUCCACAAAAUCCAAAAAAGCUGGUCAUGUAUAAGAAUGAUCUUAUUUCACUAGCACAGAAGAAAAGAUGGGAAACACCAUUAUUUUCAGAGGAUAUCAAAAAUUAUGGUUAUGUUGGAAAGGUCAGAGUGAAUGGAGUUGAAUAUAAGGGCGAGACUGUUUAUCCAUCAAAGGUGGACGCUCAUCAAGAAGUGUCAAAAAUAGCUCUUGAAGAAUUGAAAAAUGAAUUAGAAAAACAAGAAAGAUCUGUAAUUCCCCAUCCAAGACCUAUGCUGAAUCUACCCUCAGAUGAUAAAGAUGGAAAGAGAUUCUCCUCAGAAGUGACUUGUGAGCUGAAGGGAACUUUUGUAAAAUCUUCAGGGAGUACAGAGGAAGAAGCUAUCCAAUCAUCUUACAGAAGAAUUGGUUUGGCUCUCGGAUUUUUAAAUCCCAACUCAGAUGUCUCUCAAGCUAAAAAUAUUGUUCAAGAAACUUCUAGAUCAGAUCUGGUGAUUUCAGAAGACUCUACAAAGGAAGGAGAUGUAUAUACCUGCAAACUAAAACUUAAUGGAAAUUGUCAAUUCAAAGGGCAAGGGGAUGAUAAAAAGCAAGCGGAGAAAAAUGCAGCAAAGAAAGCAUUCAUGGCUUUGGUUGCUAUGAAUCAAGUUCAAGAAGAGCAGUUGGAUUUAACUGAAGACUCAAAAUUAGACUAUAAAGGAAAACUUCAGUCUUUCUUCCAAAAAAAAAAGCUUCCUUUGCCGAGCUAUGACACCAAGGAGUCAGGCAGCAGGGCAGCAGGGAUCAGCACAGAGAAUGAAACAAACCUUCCCAAUCAUUCUGCAGAAAACAUAGGGAAAUCCUUUAUUGCUUCUGUCACUGUGAGAAUGAGGGAUGUUAGAAUUAGCACUGAUAACAGCUUCACCAUUGAGGAAGAGGCAAAACAGUCAGCCUUCACGAAACUUGGAUUUGUACUUGGUGCUAACGAAUCAGAGGAAAAUGCUGAGAGGUUCGUCCAAGAGUAUUUCUCCAAAUCAAAAGAAAAUAAAAUUCAAAUUGGGUACGAACAUGUCCAGAACACUCUUGCUUGUGUGUUGACCUUUACAGUCCAGUGCACCUUCACGGGUCAGGAUCAUGCAUCCUCUAGAAAAUCAGCCCACGAAAAUGCUGCUAAAGAAGGGCUUCGAAGACUUGCCCCUGUCAGUGAGUUUCACACCGGUACCAGUUUUGAACCUAUGGUGAACUACAGGAACAGAUUACAAGAACUUUUUCAGAAGGCUAACCAAGAGUUGCCUACAUAUGAAAUUAUUCACAAUAAUGCAGUAGAGGAGUUCAGGUCUACUGUCACCAUAUACAUAAAAGAACUUGAUUUCCCAGAGGAGUAUGACAGUGAACACAAAGCUGUUGAAGAAGCUUGCAAAAAACUGGAUUUAGUCCUGAAUUCAGCAAUGGAUAGAUCACAGCUGUCUGCUUCUAAGGCAAGAAUCUUUGAAUGCUUGGGAAAAGACAGUGUGAAAGAAAAGAUCGUUAAAGUUGCAAACAAAUACAAAUGCCAAUUAAUUCUCAAUACACCUUUAUCUUUUGAAGAUGAAGAGAGUGCAGCUUCAAAAACUUCUGCAGAACAACAGGUGGCUUGGUCAGCUCUGCAAAAGCUGAGACCCCUGCUCCGCUGGAAUGACUCUAAUCCUACCAUACUUAAGAAGAACUACAAGGGAGCACUGCAGGAACUUGUUCAGGAAAAAGGCCAGACCCUCCCCUCUUACAGCACCAGGUGCAUCUAUGGAUCACCCUCAAACAAAACAGACCGUAGAAGUGUUAAUCCUGUCCCAAUAAAAAACAUGCUCCCCAUUUCAUGUUAUAUAACUGAGGAUGAAGAAAGACCAAAAACUGUUGAAGAACUGACUGUUGCUUUGGCAAAACACAAUAUUCAAAAAUACUUUACAUACUCUAUUUGUAAAGGAUAUGCAUCAUCUGUAAUUAUUAGUAAAAAAAACAUCAUGUUAGAAUCUCUGGAAUGGUGUGACACAGAAGAGGAAGCACUCAAUACAUCGUACAAGAUGCUAGGCAGGACGUUGUAUGAUCUUGGCCAAAUCUCAGAUAGAAUUGAAACUAGAGAUGAAAUAAAAAAUCUAUUUGAAAGAAAACAACUACCACGCCCACAAGAAACUUGGAAGAGAAAGGACAAUGAAUUGAUGUGCUGUCUUGAGUUUUCUAUGAACCUCUCAUUUAAAGGUUAUGGUAAAGAAGGAAAAAUGGCCAAAGAAGAUGCAGCAAAGAAUGCAUUUGCCAAGCUGGCACCCAUCUUGAAAUGGGAUACAAAUGAAAAUGACAAGGGUCCAGCUGAGCGUUACGUGGAAAUACUAGAGAGACAUCUGAGGAAUGACUGCCAGUAUGAAGAAUCAUCGUGUGACUUGUAUUCUGGGGAUGUAGUUUUUUCUUUCAGGGACUUUACUGUAUGCACAAAGCAAACACACCCAUCUAAGAGGGCAGCUCAGAAAGAAGUCUGUGAAAGGCUCGCAAGUGUGCUGGGGUUGAAUGUAUCAGACAUAUCUAACAAAAUACCCUUGAAAAACCGCAUCCAGGAAUGGUUCCAGAAGGAUAACUUACCAAUUCCUAAAUAUGAAGAUGAUGCAGUAGCAGGUGGAGGCUUUAAAUGUAAAACUACCUUUACUGCAAAAGUGGUUGUGAGAGAGAAAGAUUGCCUACCAACACCUGACCUUUUGGAAGAAGUACUGCACAAGUCUGCUCUGCAACGCCUCAAGCUCCUAGAAUUGUUUUAAACAUGAAACAGACAUGGCUAAAUGUCAGCAUAACCCUUGUAUAAUCUGUAACAAUUGUAUACGUUUUUAAAGAUUGUGAGAACACAUGAAUGUGUUACAUGAAUAAAGUUAGAAAAUAGGUGUAUUACUUGGGUACUGUGUCAGAUUAUCCCAGCUAAAUUGAGCAGGGAGUGCAAUGACAAAUGGUUCGCCACAUGAGGCUGCCAAAGAACCAUUGUUAAAAGAGCUCAUUGCAAAUACAGGGUAACUGUUUCUAUACAGGUAUCUUUCAAUGCUGUUCUGCGUAAUUUUUAAAUCUGCACAUUAUAGAUGAAACAAUACAUACAUAUAACAUAUAUAAAUAUAUGAGAUAUAUCAGUAUAUCAGAUAAAUUGUCUUAUCUUGAUUGACAGAGGGAAUGGUCUAUUGGUAGAAUAGUCACAAGUACUGUACACUCUUUGGUUGAAUGUGUGUGCUGUGUAAGCAGUUUAUUUGUACUAUAUUAAGGUACUGACUUGAGGUCUUGAUUUAGCCAGAUCUUUAUUUGUGCACAUUAGAACAUGUUUCUUUUUAUUUUGUUGGUGAAUGGAUCCCUUCACUGCUCAAUAAAAGCAGGAACAAACCUGGAAUUUCACUUGCA